GUUUCAUUAUGGAAAAAUAUUACGGCAGACUUAAAAGAUUAGGCGAAGAUAUUGUCAAAUUUGCUUUUAAAAAUGAAGAGGAGAUGGAAGAACCUGAUAUUACUGAGCACCGCUUCGAUGAUUUUCUUGAAGAACUAAACGAAUUAGGGGACCUUAAAGAAUACAAGAAGUUGUCUCAUAAAUAAAGAAAUCAACAUCAGUAAGAAAAAGUUGCUAAAAAAGGCAAUGAAAGCUUUAGAUCCAGAAUAUGUGGAAAAAGUAACUCUUGAUGAAAUAGAAAGAGAUGUAGAAUGGAACAAAAGAAUUACUAUAUGCAUAAACGGAUACAUGAGUGAUAAUGCUGCAAAUGGGAAUUGGAAUCCAGCAAUUACUUCUAGACCCAACGAUUUGAUCUAUGUCUAUCACUUCCCAACAAUUGUUGCUUUGAUGGAAGAUGAAAAGGUUCAAUUAUCUGAUUUCUUUCAAUUUAAAGCAAAGAAAAUAUGGAAGAUGUUGGCCAAGGAAACCAAUAAGUUCACAGCAGCAGUUGAGUUAGCACAGAAAAGUGGAGCAUUACUAGCAUAUCUAAUCUGACUUGAUUUCCCUCAAAAAUAUAAAUAAAGUUGACCUUAUUGGGUUCAGUCUAGGGACUCAGGUUAUCAAGAGCUGCCUAGAAACUUUGAAAAAGUUAAAUGUGACUAGUAUCAUUGACAAUGUUUAUUUUAUGGGAGGUGCAACUUGGUUGAAUAUCUCAGAUGUUGAUAUAUUUGAUACAGUAAAUACUUCUGUAAACCAUUCUUACACAAAAAGAGAUCAUACUUUAACUCUUUACGAAUACCACCAAAUUUAUUUUGGCAAGAAGAGCAAAGAAGAGCUAAAAGAAGAAUCGAAGGAAGAAGAGAAAGAGAAUGAUGAAGAUAGUGAUUCAGAUGAACCCCAAUUAAAACAGAAGACCAAGAAGAAGCCAAUAGGCAGAAGCAAGCUUAAUGAAGAAAUAGUUAUCGCUCUCGAAGCCAAAGGAUUGAAAGUUAAUCAAUCCAAAGUUAGUGACAUCGUUGGAGAACACUUGUUUUAUUGGAAAUAUUUGGAUGAAAUCCUCGAAAGAAUGGAUUUUGGAGAUGUUCAAAGCGAAACCGAUAGCGAGAGCGAUUAAAUUUGAGAGCAGAAGAUUCA